CCGUCCGCGCGCGCGCUCUCGUUGCGAAAAUGGCUGCCGGCGACGUCGCGCAGUUUGUGGAGCAGAACCGGCAGCUGGCGGAGCGCGUGGAGACCUUCCGCUCGGUGUCCGAGAGCGAGAAGCACUGGAAGUCCAGGAGGGAAUUCAUCUUCCGCAACAUCGGCCACUACGAGGACCCAGAGCUGGACCACCUGCUGGCGCUGUCCAUGGUUUGGGCGAACAACGUCUUCCUCGGCUGUCGGUACAGCCAGGAGCUGCUGGACAAGGUUCAAGAGAUGGCCGAGGGGAUCGUGGUAGAAGAUGCUCCAGUGUUCAAAACACGAGAUGAAAUAGUGAAGCAGCAGCAGCAGCGUCGGUGACCAUGGGGUGUUGUGGGCAACCUGGGGAAUCUGGCCCCUCAACCAUCUUAUUUCAAGGACGGAUCUUUUUUCCCCCUUGUCAGAUCUUGCCAAGGAUUUUAUAUGUAGGUUUCUAACUUUUUUUAUAUGCAUGUUCAGAUCCUACCCCCCCCCCC